AUGCAUAUGAAAGUCGGCGAGGAUGGCCCAACAACAGUAAUGGUGACUGUGCCACUUGGGGAAGAGGGCCUGCUCACUCCAGUGCCUAAUGAAAAUGUCCAUGCAGUCGAUCCCCUCCUUAAAAGCCUCCAGGUGGAUUUUCCCCAGGUAUGGGCUGAAACCAAUCCACCUGGGCUGGCAAUUCAUCAAGCUCCCAUAAUAGUGGAACUUAAGGCAUCCGCGCUUCUGGUGUACUAUACAGUUCUGGACUUAAAAGAUGCCUUCUUUGCCAUCCCGCUGGCCCCACAAAGCCAGCCACUAUUUGCAUUUGAAUGGACUGAUCCUGAAGAGGGAAAAGCCGGACAGCUCACCUGGACGCGACUCCCCCAGGGAUUUAAAAAUUCUCCUACUCUUUUUAAUGAAGCCCUGCACCAAGAUUUAGAGCCAUUUCAGAUCUCCAACCCACAAACCCUUCCCCCAGGAACUUCAGCCCAACGCGCAGAGCUCAUCGCACUAACAAAAGCCCUAAAACUUGGAAGAAACAAGUCAGUUAACAUUUAUACGGACAGCCACUAUGCUUUUGCAACCGCGCAUGUACAUGGAUCCGUUUAUCAAGAGCACGAUCUCCUCACAGCAGAAGGCAAGGCCAUCAAAAAUAAAGCUGAAAUUUUAGAUCUUCUAGCAGCCAUCUGGGAACCUGCGAGGCUGGCAAUCAUUCACUGCCCGGGACAUCAAAAAGGCAACUCCCUAGAGGCAGUCGGAAACCGCCUGGCUGAUGCAGCAGCCCGAGAAGCUGCCCUAACUAAAAGUGAAAGUGCCUUGGAGCUACCGAUCUUGACAGAGCCCCUGCUUCCACUGGAGCCCAGUUACACUCCUAAAGAUUUGGAGUGGAUUUCCAGAAAAGGGGGAAGUAGGAUGCCCGGACAAAAGUGGUUUCAGGAUCCUGAAGGAGACUUAGUCUGGGUCAAAAGGCACGAGCCUAAAACCCUGGAGCCGCGCUGGAAAGGACCACACACCGUGAUUCUGACUACGCCCACGGCCGUGAAGGUAGAUGGUGUCCGAACCUGGAUUCAUCACUCUCAGGUUAAGAAAAACUGUGUGAAGGCGUGAACAACCCAGACUGAUACAGAACCAGAUAACAAACAGCAAUGGAAGGUUCAAAGGCAUCCAGAAGAUCCUUUAAAGCUAAGACUGAUGCGGGAAUAAUAAUAAUUUUCUGGGUUUGUAUGGUGAUAAGUGUGGGGGACUGUAUGAAAUUGCAUCCCCUAUCUUUUUGGCCAUACCAAUGGGAACUCAGGGACACUGUCACGGGGAAGGUGAUAGCAUCUAAUACCUCUUCCACUGUGCCUUGUUUGUUUGUUUGCUUGUUUGUUUGAUUUAUGUGACUUGGUGGGGGACCAAAAUUUCAAAACUGUAAGCAAGCAAGUGGACCGAGACCUAGGCUACUUGGAAACUUCAAUUUCUCGGCUAGAACACCAAGUAGACUCUUUAGCCGAGGUUGUAUUACAAAACAGAAGAGGGCUUGAUUUACUCUUCAUGAAGGAAGGGGGCCUCUGCGUGGCCCUCGGAGAAACGUGCUGUUUUUAUGCAAACAAUUCCGGAGUAAUCCAAGACACUCUCAGUUUGGUCAGGGAUAAUCUUAGGGCCAGGGAACAUGCCAGGGGAGCCAGCAAUAAUUGGUAUCAGAGUUUAUUCUCUUGGUCUCCCUGGCUCACAUCACUGCUUACGGCCGUAGCUGGGCCACUGCUAUUGUUACUUCUUGGGUUAACUAUUGGCCCGUGCGUUAUCAACUGGUUAGUACAAUAUGUCAAGAAGCGAGUUAGUGAAAUAAAAAUUAUGAUGAUUAGGUCCAAUUAUAUCCCCUUAGUUCCUAAUGAUGAAUCAAGGGAUUGAUUCACUGACAAGAAAAGGGGGAAAUGUAAGGGUUAAAUUGUAGUGUAGAGCUAAUGCUUACCUUGGAAAAUAACAGCUUUGUGUUGACACUGAAGGUUAAAAGAUAACAGCCUUGCUUUGCUCUGGUAAACUACGCCUCAUACCCUUGUAAAUUAGGCUUCACCAAUUAAGGAAACAAAAGUUCAAAGAAAAGAGCAUCAGAGGCAGGGUCAAGGAGAUCCACUGGUUGCAACUUAGAGGCAGAAAGUCUAAAGUAAACACCUCAUUAGGCAACUGUUUCUAACUCAUCUGGAAACUGUUUUUUUGUUCUGUUCCCAGGUGAUGAUAAAACUAUGUGAUUGGUUAUAAAAACUCUGUACCCCGGCUGUUUGGGGCCGCACUCUUAUCAAGAGUGUUGGUCCCGAUCGGUCGGCCUUGCCUCUCAUUGUAAUAAACUUUGUUGUGACUGUCA